ACACGCCCCCUGUCUGACGUUACGGAAGUCUUGCAACGCGCUUUUGACAUUAGUUAGUAACGGAACAUAAAGUCAACGCGUGAAUAAGUGGAUCCCAAACCUGAUCGAUCGUGAUGGGUACUGAGGGGGAUCCAACUGAUUUGGUAAAGGUGCUUCACCUUUUGGUGAUCUCAUUCACCUGGGGAAUGCAGGUGUGGGUGUCUUUCAUAGCAGGAUUUGUGCUGAUAUCCCAGGUUUCAAUGCACACAUUUGGUCUUGUCCAGAUUAAAUUGUUCCCCUUUUAUUUCUACUGUCUGCUGAGCGGUAAUGCUAUAAAUCUGGCCAUAUAUGCAGUGUAUCAUCCCAGAGAACUGCUAGACUGGCAUGAGGGCAUACAGAUGACUCUGUUUUUUGUGCCCGUGAUCAUGGCCGGUCUGAACGCGCAGUGGUUCGGCCCGUCUGCCACAGAGAGCUUGCUGGUCAUGAGAGAGAUCGAGCAGGAACAUGGGCUGGGGGCUGAAGUGGGCAUGGGCUCCAGCAGGGAAGGAUACACCAAACUCCGCGAGCAGGAUCCGAAAUACAAGGAACACAGAACCACUUUCUAUCGCUUUCAUGGUCUGUCCAACCUCUGUAACCUCUUUGGCUUUAUUUCCACUACCGUUAAUAUGAUUUACCUAGCCCUCCAUUUAGGAACUAUAUGAGCGUUCUUUAUAUGAGUGUUGUGGUCAGUACAAAAGUGUACAUGAAGCAGACGGGUGUAUGUUUUCAAAACAAAAUUCAGUGCCUGUUGUCUUUUAACUUUUUCUUUGUGUGUGUUAUUUGGGCUUGUUGUCUUGAAAACAAUAACACUUAAACGAUGAGAAUUGGUAGAGUACUUUAGGUUGCACGAAAUUAAUCUCAGACUCCAAUAAGUGGAGUGAGCAAAAAUAACCCAGUUCUUUUUAUUUACACUGUCCAUAAAAAUGAUUUGUUGUUUUUUGGAACAUUACUCAUUGUCUUCUAUUAUAUAAAAAAGAAUGCAUUUCUGUCAAUAUUUUAGCAUUGUGUGUUUCCUGGGGGUAAACUUGUUGUAAAACUUAUGAAAGGCCUUUUAUAGAUUUCUUUGUAUAUGAAACGACAUAAACGUUGUAAACGAACAUUUGAUCAUCUUUGUGAACGUAAUGUUUGAACAGUAAACUUAUUUCCUGUCGUCA